CGUUAGAAAGCUAGUUUCCCAUAAAGGAGGAAAAGAAGGAAGGGCGAGAGGCAGAGAAAAAGAGCAUCACAAAAGAAAGGGUGCGGCCGGCCGGAACAGCAUAUACAUACAUAGAUAUAAAAGCAAGCAAGAAUUGAUGCAGGGAAUAGGAAAGAGGAAAGGCGGAAGGUAGAAAUGAUGGGCGGAUGUGUAAAGGGCGGGCGGAGCUGAGCAGAAACAGAGUAGGUAGGUAGCAGCUGGAAGGCGGGGAAAUGGCAAAAACGACAUCAAAAAAGGAUAAUAGCAGUGCCGGCGGCGGCGCCGUUGGUAAAAAAGUGAAGCGGACGCGAAAAAGCGUAGCGAGAGAGUCUCCUCCGCAGCGCAGCUCCGCUUAUAGAGGUGUCACCAGGCACCGUUGGACGGGGCGAUAUGAAGCUCAUUUAUGGGACAAGAACUGCUGGAAUGAAGCACAGAGUAAGAAAGGAAGACAAGUAUAUUUAGGCGCGUAUGAUGAAGAAGAAGCAGCAGCACAUGCAUAUGACUUGGCAGCAUUGAAGUAUUGGGGACAACAUACCAUUCUUAAUUUCCCGCUUGAUGCUUAUGAGAAAGAGAUACACGAGAUGGAAGGGCAGUCCAAAGAAGAGUAUAUUGGUUCUUUGAGAAGAAAGAGCAGUGGAUUUUCCAGAGGUGUUUCAAAAUAUCGCGGUGUAGCAAGGCACCAUCACAAUGGACGAUGGGAAGCUCGCAUUGGAAGGGUCUUUGGCAAUAAAUAUUUAUAUCUUGGAACUUAUGCUACUCAAGAGGAAGCUGCCACGGCUUAUGACAUGGCAGCCAUAGAGUACCGCGGGCUUAACGCUGUUACCAACUUUGACCUCAGCCGUUACAUCAACUGCCUAGCCCCGGACCAAAAUUCCAACCCUCGCAGUGACGGCGUAAGUCAAGAUGAUGAGCCGCUGCCCAGCCAAAAAGUUGGGUUGAUCGGCUUCCUCCACCAACAAAGCUCCCCGGAAACUGCCUCUCCCCCGUCAUGCCUCCUCCCUUCCAACUCUGUAGGGACACCGCCGCCUGAGAAUUGUCCGCCAACGCCACCCCCACCAAGGCGGAGCUUCCCGGACGACAUACAAACAUAUUUUGACUGCCACGAAUUGAGUGGCUUCGCCGAGGAACACGACAUCAUUUUUGGCGACCUAAACACGUUUGAAUCGUCUAUUUUCCAAUGUGUACUUGAUGAGUAGCAUACAUUCAUGCGUGCACCAUCUCUCCUGCUUCCAUCUCCGUUCUACUCGUAUUUUUUUUAUAGUUACGCACGUUAUUUGUUUGGUAAUUUAGAAAGAAAUAAUAAAAUAGAGUACACCCUCCGUUCCAAUUGAAUUACGACUCAUCUUUUGUAUCAAACAUAGUCAUUUAAUUCACUUAAUUAAGAUAUCAAUACCAAUUCUUUAUUAAAUUAUAACUUCAAUUUUGUAACUU